AUCUGUGUUACCGAUGUUUUGAAAACCUCUCCACCUCUAAAAGCUCGCAAUCGCGGAAAAAUUCGGAAAGCAAGGCGGAAAAAAACAUUCGAUACGCGAUUGCCAAAGGCGGAAGAGGAUUACGUCGGCGACCUUGUCUACCUGUUUGCCAUUACAUAACCGAGAAACAACCUCAAGAUGGCCAGUAAAGUGCUGCGAAAGGUGACGCACUGCAUCUUCGACAUGGACGGAUUGCUGCUGGACACCGAACGCCUCUAUACGGUGGCCACCGAAAUGAUCCUCGAGCCCUACGGCAAGGCGUAUCCCUUCGAGGUGAAGGAACUGGUCAUGGGCCUGCAGACGGAGCCGCUGUCCAGGUUCAUGGUCGAGCACUAUGAACUGCCCUUUUCGUGGGAGGAGUACGCUCGCCAGCAGCGCGCCAAUGCCGAGAUCCUGAUGCGGAACGCCCAGUUGAUGCCAGGUGCUGAGCGCCUGCUGCGUCAUCUGCACGCCAACAAGGUGCCCUUUUGCCUGGCCACCAGUUCCGGCGCCGACAUGGUCGAGCUGAAGAGCAACCAGCACCGGGAACUGUUCAGCCUGUUCAACCACAAGGUGUGCGGCUCCACGGACAAGGAGGUGGUCCAAGGCAAGCCGGCACCGGACAUUUUCCUGGUGGCCGCCUCCAGAUUCGCUGUGCCGCCCAAAGCCUCCGACUGCCUGGUCUUCGAGGAUUCGCCGAAUGGCGUUACGGCGGGCAAUAGCGCUGGAAUGCAGGUGGUCAUGGUGCCGGAUCCGCGGCUGUCGCCAGAGAAGACCUCCCACGCCACCCAGGUGCUGGGCUCCCUGGCGGAUUUCAAACCGGAGCUGUUCGGUCUGCCCCCCUUCAAGGAUUGAGCUUAAGGGCUGUUUUUAUAUGCUAUUGCUAUAGCUGGAAAUUAAUGUACCUACCAAGCGAAAGAUUUUAAGUGUAAUGUGUUACUUAAUAUACACGUAAUUGUGAAUAUACGUAUUUAUUGCCGCCUAAAA